CACUGCCCUGAGAAGCGCGGCUUUGUGACGUGCGUGCGCAUGCGGAACUGAUGUUUUUUAAAAAAAACGCGUUGUGCAAAAAAGUGGUUUGGGGUUCCGAUAUAAAACUAAAUUUAGCGCUCAUUUUUAAUGACGACAGUAACGGCCGUCAAUUUCAGCAUGAUGCUCAUGCUGCAAACCCUGACGGUGUCUUUGUGGUCUUCUGAGUUGUGAGCGUUGAUAGUGGCGCUUUUCGCCACCACUAGAGUAAAGUCUGAUGUUGUAGUGGUACCGGACGUUGUUUACAGAUAUUGUUAUUUAAUCGUUUUUCUCUUUCUGGUGGAAAUAACCUACUCGAGUGAAGUGAGCUCUUUCAUUCUGACAAGAGGCGGUUGUAUUAUACGUGCUGCAGCCUCGGCCUACGAAGCCUGGGGGUUUCCUGCAAGGCAAUGUCCGGGACAGAAGUUGACACCGACGAAGUGCAAGAGCAGAUGACUGACGGAAUGGCAACUGCUAACUGCUUAAGCAGUUCACAGAUAAAUGGGACAGAUAAUGAAAAGCUCGUUAAACCAAAAACAAAACUGCACGCUUUGCUACAGCAUGCUGGAGCCGAUAAAGAUAUUUUCACAAUGAAGGAGAUCAUGUUUUACCUCGGGCAGUAUAUAAUGGAUAAGCAGCUUUAUGACAAGAAGCAGCAACACAUAGUCCAUUGUACAAAUGACCUUCUGGGGGACGUUCUGGGAGUGAACAGCUUCUCAGUUAAAGAGCCUCGGAAUCUCUACGCUUUGAUUUCCAAGAACCUGAUUGCAGUCAAAAAUGAAGAUUCACAGACUGCAUUCACGGAACUCAGAAGUCAAAGCGAACCUGACAGAGGACCUCAGGAAUUUGAUUCAGAAAUCACAAAAGGAGAAAGUAACAGAGCGUCAGCCGAUGCUUCCUGUUCAUAUACCGCUGGACGAAGAAGGCGGAGAAGUAGUGACCCUGAAACAUCCACUGAUGAAGAGCUGUGUGACCGACGGAAAAGACACAAGUCUGACAGCAUCUCUCUCACAUUUGAUGAAAGCUUGUCCUGGUGCAUCAUUGGAGGUUUGCGAAGAGAUAGUGUAAGCAGUGAAUCAUCAGAUUCUCGAGAUAAUGCUGACUUAAACACUUCUACAGGUGAAGACUCUGAAAGUUCAUUCAGUCACGAUUCUGAUUCAGACAACUUCAGUGUGGAGUUUGAGGUGGAAUCGAUAUACUCUGAUACCUACAGCCUCAAUGAUGAGACUUCAGAGCUGACGGAUGCAGAUGAUGAGGUUUAUGAAGUCACCAUUUUUGAAGCUGAUAAUGGCGAUGACUCCUUUGACGAGGACACCGAAAUAUCUGAAGCAGAUUACUGGAAGUGCGCGCGCUGUGAUGAGCUGAACCCUCCUCUCCCACGCCACUGCAACAGGUGUUGGGGUAUCCGUCAAGACUGGUUCCCAGAGUCCGACGCUGAUCCCAAGUCCUGGGAAUCCAAAUCUUCUGCUAACGCAGCGGAGGACAAGUGCUCUCGGGAGGAGGGCGUGGAUGUCCCCGAUGGUAAGAGGUCCUGCUCCGAGCCUCCCUGCGACCCUAAGCAGGACUCUUGCAAAGAGGCCUUGGUGAUGAAGAGCUGCGUGACGUCCAUGUGCGAAUCCCAGGAAACCCUGUGCUCCCAGCCCUCCACCUCGAGCAGCGGCACUGCGCUCAGCCAGGAGGAGGUUCCUGAGCUGGAGCGUCAGAGCAGCCUGGAUUCGUGCCUCCCCCAGAGCUGCGUGGACCCCUGCGUCAUCUGCCAGAGCAGACCCAAGAACGGCUGCAUCGUCCACGGCCGGACGGGCCAUCUCAUGGCCUGCUACACCUGCGCCAAGAAACUGAAGAAGCGCAACAAGCAGUGUCCGGUGUGCAGGCAGCCCAUCCAGUCGGUGGUCUUGACGUACUUCAGCUAAAAGGAUGCCACAGUCCCCUGAAGUCAAAGUUAGAGCUCAGCAGUUUUAAAAUACAGUAGGUGCUACUUGCUAAUGACCACUCAGGUUAUCAAUGAGACAAAGAAUCCCCCUCCCUUCAGAUGUUGAAGAAACGUCGACAACGUUGAAGGAACAUGGAAUAGAAGUCUACAUUUUUAUGUUGGUGUAAAAUUCCAGUUAUGACUUCCAAAACUAGUAUGGAAUAGAAACGAGUACUUAAAGAACUUGCGUUAUUUUCUGAAGCACAGAGUUAAGUCUUCUGUGGGGCCGUUUUGUGUGAGAGUUCAUUGUCCACGUCAUUGUUCACUUUCCUAGUCUGGGUUACUAAGAGGCGAAAACUGUUUUCUGAAAUCACAAUACAAAGCAUGUGCAGCGAAAAUGCCUUAAGGUUUUGUAGUCAGGCAUCUGUCUGUGCACUUGAGCCUUAAAGCAAAUUUGACUGAUUAUAUUCUGUUAAAUGAAUUUGUGUAAAAUUGGAGUUCAUAGAUUGUUUGUUGUAAAAUUUUGCAAAUAGCCUGGUUCAGAAUUGCUAAUAAGUGGCAUCUACUGUCCGACUGCAUUUCUGAUCUUUUCAACUAAGAUCUGGAUAUUACAGAUUAGCCUUAAUAUUGUAAUAAACCUUUUAAUUUGUAAAGGCAAAUUUAAAUGAAAUUUCAUGUUACUCUAAUUCAUCUAAGAUUCAAGCUGGUUGUCAGUUUGCUACAGAUAAGUGUUUAUGACUCUCCCCAACAGAUUGCAAAAAUUACGGAAGGUAUUUGCUUUUUAAUUUCCAUCAGAGUCAAGAUAAGUAAACUUGGGUAUUUAAGUUGCCCCACGGCCAAAUUUAUCAAUGUUUUCUACAGCAAAAGAACACUAACAGUUGUUGAAGAAAAGCAAUUCCAAACAAAAUUAAGCACCUUUUACUGUGUGGUGGUGGUGUUUGUGGACUUGUUUGCUUGCUGUCCUUCAGACAGAAGUUGUAGUUGAUUAGAGAGCAAUAUGCAGUCUCGCAUAAUCAAAAGGCUGAGCCUAUGGGUUUGGAUUUCUCAUUGCUCCACGAUAUUUUGCUGCUGGCACUACUAGAUGGCCCCUAAGAGGGAAAUUCAUUGCUGUCAAGAUUUUUUUAACUUAGAAAUCUAUAUAUUGUUUAUAACUAGUAUACAGAUUUACCUUUAUCUUGUGUAAAAAGUUGUGUAAGUUUACAAUAUCUACUCAGGAAGAAAAGCGCACAAUUAGUGAAGAGGGGCAACACCAUGGAGGAGCAUGUUCCUGCUAGUUUUCAGAAUGGACCCCCAAGAAAUGUCUUGACUGAAAUACAUAUAAGAAAACAGCAUGAAAAUCCUAGUGGCCCAAGAAGGCCACUUACGUUUGUUCUCAGAUUAACUCUGCACUUUAUAAAAUGUAUGCUUUUUUCACACAUGGUGUGAAAACUAAGCAAAUUGUGCCUUUGAAGUAGGGUGCACAACUGAAGACUGAACUGAUGACUUCAUGUAAACAGGUGAGGAGUGGAUCGGUCUAAGUAAGAUGCUGAGAAUAUUUAAGCCCGCCAUCUUGAUUGAAAAAGAAAUGUACUUGGGUAAUGAGCAUGUUUACUCUCUAAAUACCAAGGAGGUUUUUCUUUGUUGUAUUAUUGUGUACAGUUUCCUUCAUGUGAAGACCUAGCUGGUGGCGUUCCCUUUAGUAAAGAGGCACUCUGCUGUCGUUCUUAUUUCAUUUCAAGUUUAUGAAUGUCUGGGAGAGUUUGAAAUCUCACAUCCUUGUGUGUGGCGUCUUGUCAUUCCUUGAUUAAAGUAUGCUGUCGGCAAAGGAAAGGGCCAUAGCUUUUGGUGAGGGGAGCGUGGAUAUGAACUGGGCAUUUCACAGUGGUAGGAUAUACUAUAUGUAUGUGUAGCAGGAAAAUGUGCACAUUUGAAGAAGUAGCAGGUGGUUGAUGUUGAAAAAAACUUCCCCUGAUGUUUUCAGUUUUACGCACUCCUUAGUUCUGUCGGCGUUCUUUGUGAAGUACAAGGCAAUACGGUUUUAAGAUGUAUUUCUGAUUCUGUGUGUGUACUAUAUGUAACUUAAUUUGAAAGUAUUGUAUAUAUAUAUAAAUGUAUAUUCAGUGUAUCAGGUUGGAGUUAGGUAACUAUUAUUUAAUUUAAUUAUAUGAUAUACCUCUAAUUUAUUUAGCUGUUUGUAUUUUUUUUUGGCCUUUGUGUGAAGGGAAUGGAUAAUUAAGAUUGUGCCCAAAGGGAACCCCUCGUCCAACUGUUUCUGUGUAUUUGUGUUAUGGGACAGAUGCUGGAAAAACCUGGGAAGGUGGCGAAGUGUCAUCUGAGGGCAGAUGUUGGAUGUUACCUUUAGUGAUGGUAACUCCCCGUGCACUUAGUCACCCGAAGCCACUUGGAAAGUGAGCAUACUCUUUAAGCAUGUACAAACUGGCUGUGGUCUGUGGCUUCGUAUUUCUGACAUUUUCCCACCUAAUGGUAAAUUGAAAAUAUUUGUCCAGAUACUAGUGUUCAGUUUAAAUGUGAUGGUUAUUCCAGAUUAGAAGCAAAACUGAGUUGUGCAUAUCAGAAGAACAAAGUUUAAUCACAUUUCCAGUCUUCAUUUUGUAACAAUCUAAAAUAUAUUUAUAUUUUUAAUAGUGUUGGACAGUUCCAUUAAGAGGCUUAAUUAGCCAAUGAGGAAAUGGUAUCAACAAUACAUAAUCUUCCACUAGAGUUCACUUUUUGUACCUUCUUUGUCUGUCAAAGUAAGUUUACACAUUAAGUGCAAAAAAAGCUAAUUAGACUUAAAUUUUGUAUUUAUAAGCAAAAGUAGACAAAUUGCAUUUUCUUACAAGGCUCCCAUAUAGGCUUAGUUUUUAUUUUACGAAUGUUAAUUGUCAUUACAAAUAUUGUACAUUUGCAAUGUAGUAUAAUAAAUAGUAAUCUAAAUGUGUGGUUCGUUGUCCAAGUCAGGACAGUGAGGAGGCAGGAAAAAUACAAAUAUUACACAUGCUCACUUUUUUCUAGUGCCCAAGUUGUUCCACUGCAACUAAGCGAGGUCUUAAACACUGUAGUUAAGGAUGAUGCCUUGCUGUGUGUAUGCCAGACGUUUCUGUACUCGCUGUAGCAGCACGUGAAAUGCUAACGAUGGCUUCAGUCCUGCUUUGUUUAGGCCUGAUGUCCUUUUCAACUAAAGAUUGUCAAAUAGUUUACUGUUAAACAUUGAAUGACCCUCACUGGUUUUUAAUGUAAAUGUGUUCUUAUGUAAAUUUGUAUUCUUAAAUAAAAUAGUUGAUUUAUAUGUGAA